AUGGUGUCUUUUACCUUGUUGAUUGUAUAUGUGAUUUUUAAAAGACAAUUUAUUGCCUCGAAAUCCCUUGAUUCAAGCCUGCUACGAGAAAUUGCUGAUUCCAUGCAACCUUGUGCGGGCUGCGGUGUUCCUCGUGUGGCUGAGAAGGGAUAUGCUGAUCUCAAGAAGCAAGGUGAUAGAGAAGAUGAUUCCCCGGGAAGUCACGGAGUUCAAGAUACCGGUGUUGAAAAGAAAGUGUUAUCUGUACAUCCCAGUACAGAGGUACCGUCCAGUAAUUUCACAACGACAAAUCACACGGACAAUCUUGACUGCAUUUUGGACAAAUUAUCGAAACCAUGGCGACGGAAUGCUACAAAUGUCAACCAAAUUCGUGAAAUUAUAGAUCGUAUGACAAAUACGAGAGAUAUGCUUAUUUUGACUAAGAGUAACUGUAAACUAGACGAACGGAUGCAGUUUUCUGUACAGAGUAAUGUCGAUUACCCGAUCACAGAGGAAAUCUACAACGCCAUCCCCAAAUAUUCACCAUUUUCCGGCAAAUCAUUUGGUGUGUGUACAGUGAUGGGGAGUAGUGGUAUUUUAACAAACAGCAACUGUGGCAUCGACAUCGACAAAUCUGACUUCGUCUUUCGGUGUAAUAUGCCACCGAUGACUGAAGAGUACGUUAAGGAUGUGGGAAGCAAAACUAACUUGACAACGGCAAAUAACGUCGCUGUCCUCGGCGGACGAUAUCGCAGUCUGGCACGAAAGUACGAUCAGAACCGAUUUGCUGAAGACGCGAAAGCAUUUAAUGGAUUUCUGUGGGUUCCUUUAUUUUCUGUGCAAAGUGGGCUCAGAUUCACCUUACAAGCUUACAGGGUCUACAAGAGGGCGCCAAACGACAGAAACAAACUUGUCUUCGCGCACCCCGCUCAUCUGGUGUCGGUGCAGAAUUUCUGGAACGAACUUGGCUUGCUAAACAGAAUGAGUACUGGCGCGUAUCUGACUGCAGCAGCGCUCUCACUAUGUCAGGAAGUCCACCUCUAUGGUUUUUGGCCGUUUGACCGAGGGGUGGGUGGUCGCCCUUUAGGUUUACAUUAUUACGACGAUCGUCCAAUAGAUACUGCUGCCCAUGACGUCAACAAAGAAUUUCUCACUUUAGUAAAACUACACGAAGAAGGCGUUAUUCGUUUACACACAGAAUCGUGCACUGUCGCCGUGUAG